GCAGAAGCCCAGAACGGCUCCAGGAAAUGUUUAGAUUUCUCCACCAGGAGGGAGGGCAAACAAGCUUUUUUUUUCUUCUUCCUCCCCCAAGCCUUCUGUGAAGCUCUGAGCAUUUUGCAGCCCAGACUGUGCAGAAGAAGGCAAAAGUAGAGAAGGAAUAUCAUCCCCGGGGCUGGAACCAGCAACAGCCCUGAAGCAUGCAUCCCGUCAGACCCCGGGGCUGCAUCCCAGAAAGGCGCACUCACGGAAAAUGGCUUGCACCUCAGAGCCUGGUCCAGCUGCAGGCUGCACCUCUCGUGGGGACAGGCAGCUUGUGACCCAGCCUGAGGAGAAAGGCUGUGCUGCCGGCUUUCGUUUCCUGGCUGAAGUUUCCCUUGUGGGUAUGUCUGCACCCCAGGUUGAUGAGGUUAGGUGCUGAGCUGCUGGGGGCGCGGUAGUGUUCAGACAGGCAUCCGUCCCUUUGUGCCAGCCACCUUGGACACUCUCUCCGACUGCCAUGGACAACGGGUCAUGCUGUCUCAUCGAAGGGGACUCCAUCUCCCAGGUGAUGCCGCCGCUGCUCAUCCUGGCCUUCGUGCUUGGAGCCCUGGGCAACGGGGUAGCGCUGUGUGGCUUCUGCUUUCACAUGAAGACCUGGAAGCCGAGCACUAUUUACCUUUUCAACUUGGCUGUGGCCGAUUUUCUCCUCAUGAUCUGCCUACCCUUUCGGACAGACUACUACCUCAGACGUAGACAGUGGAUUUUUGGGGAUAUUCCCUGUCGCCUGGUCCUCUUCAUGCUGGCUAUGAAUAGGGCUGGGAGCAUUGUCUUCCUCACUGUGGUGGCUGGGGACAGGUAUUUCAAAGUGGUCCACCCCCAUCAUUUGGUGAAUGCCAUCUCCAAUCGGACUGCAGCCGCCACCGUCUGCAUCCUCUGGACUUUGGUCAUCUUGGGGACGGUGUAUCUUCUGAUGGAGAGCCACCUGUGUGUGCAAGAGACGGUGUCGUGUGAGAGCUUCAUCAUGGAGUCGGCCAAUGGGUGGCAUGAUGUCAUGUUCCAGCUCGAGUUCUUCCUGCCCCUAGCCAUCAUCUUGUUCUGUUCCCUCAAGGUUGUUUGGAGCCUGAGGAGGAGGCGGCAGCUGGCCAGACAUUCCCGGAUGAGGAGGGCCACCCGGUUCAUUGUGGUGGUGGCUUGUGUAUUCAUCACGUGCUACCUGCCCAGCGUGUUGGCUAGACUCUACUUCCUGUGGACGGUGCCCUCCAGCGCCUGCGACCCCGCUGUCCACAUAGUCCUCCACGUCACCCUCAGUCUCACCUACCUGAACAGCAUGCUGGAUCCUCUUGUAUAUUAUUUCUCAAGCCCCUCGUUCCCCAAGUUCUACGCCAAGCUCAAAAUCUUCAGUUUGAGACCUGAACACCAGGGAUGCGCGAACACACGGAGGUCAGAAGAGAUGCCAAUUUCGAACCUUUGUCGUAAGAGCUCUGUCGAUGUGGCAGAUAGUUCCCAAAGGCCAUCAGACGGGCAGUGGCAUCGCCAAGUGUGCUGAAUGGCACUAAGACAACCAGCCCAAAAGCAAAGGCAGAGAAAUGGGCAACUGUGAGUUAAACUGUACCGAAGGGUGGGGGGCUUGAAAACUGCCCCCACUCCUUCUCAGCUGUGUCCUUCUCGCUCACGUGGAAAUGAAACCCAGUCACUCGAUCUUUUCUAGAAAGUUCUAGUUGCUCAAAGAGAGUUGGUUGUGUUUAAAUACUCUGAUUGCUAUUGCUACGGUAAGGGGACUGUGUGUGUGUGUGUGUGUGUGUGUGUGUGUGUGUGUGAAGAAAAGCACGUGUGUUGGGUUAGGAGCUAUCUGGAGCCUGUGUUACUUUACAUGGCUGAGAAAAUAGGUGUGAGUGUUGCUGGGUCUUGUUCUUGCUCUGAGAGAGUUAAUGAUCUCAAUAACUUGUCAGUAUUUCCUGGACUUGAAAAAAAAGAAACUGGACUGAGUCAAUACACUUAUUUCCAGCUGAGCGAGACCCUUUACAUCAGGACACUCUGUCCUAGCCAUUUUGUCAUCUUCCCUGGGGAGCCUCCAUAUAUUUCAUUUUCAAUGUUUGAACAUCCGGGUGGCUCAGGAGGGCAGCAGAAAGACUCUAGUCUAACCUACCAGCUCCACAUGGUUCUGAUUUUAGGUGGUUUGUUUGUUUUUCUUUUGUUUGCAUUUCAAAGAAGAUGUCUACCUGCUCCAGUUUCUCCAGUGGAAGCUGGGAGGCUGGGUCCACCUGCCAGGCUCCUUAUUGGAGUUUGGGGCAUGCUAGUUUAGUCGUGAUUGUUUUUGACGGCUUGAUACAUUGAGUAUGAACGGAAGUUAUUCGUUCACUCAUUCUCAGUUCCUUACCGAAUCCAUAAUGCAUUGUGCUGCACUAUCCCACAUCCUCAUCUGUGUUGUCUUCGGUGCUGGGCAUCGAACUUGGGGCCUUACACGAAUUAGGUAAGCACUCACCACUGAGCCCCAUUCUUGGUCCCCUUGUGCCCCCUUUCACUGUAGCGUUGUUAGCCAACUCUUAGGAGAAAGUAAAGUUCUAGAGGUGGCAGGGAAAUUUCAUCUCCUCUCCCUUUCAUCAGACAGUGUCUAGAUUCACAGUCAACCAUCAGGGGUCUCCUCCUACUGUAGGGAUGAGUGUUUCCCCAAACACUACCCGGAACACUCACAACCACCUGAUUCUGUGAAGUGACAGGCUGCUCCUGUCCUGGAGAAGGGAAAACAGAUCCCAUGUUAACUUCCCCUCCCCUUCCAAACCACAAAAGUGGUGACAGUCAUUUUUUUCUUUUAUUUAUACUUUCUCUGAUUCCCAGUGUACUCUCCCCAUGCAGGGACCUUGUCACCUUUUAUAUCUUUAGCCUGAGACACUCUUCUAGGCUGUCCCUAUGGUUUCCCUUGCCAGAGGUAUUGUACAGCUUAGUAUCAAAAAAUAUGGUCUGACUUCGGGGCUGGUGAGUUGGCCCAGAGGACAAAGGGGUCUGCCAUCAAGCCAACAACCUGAGCUUCCCUGAGACUCAUGUGGUGGAAGGGAAAAACUGACUUCUCAAGGCUGUUUUCUGGCUUCCACACAUGCACACAGAGAGUUAAUGUAAUCACAGUUCUAUAGGCUACACAGUCAAGUGGAUCUCAGUUUGCAUCCUAGCUCAACUACUUAUUGGAUAUGAGCUCUUAGGGACAAUGUUAUUCGACCUUUAGCCAUGCUCAGUUUUGAUUUGUUCAACAGGAGUAAAACCGAUGCCAAAGGGUUUGGGGGUAAAUUCAAUGGGUGUAUAAUCUCAGUACAGCAGAUUUCCUUGUGCUUAUACAAGGAAAUCUGUCUCGUCCCAGGUGCCUAGAAGAAGCCCGCCUGCUUAUAACGGAUGGUAAAUACGCCACAUUUGCUCAGUGACUAUUCUCACAGAAACAUGAAGCUCUACGUCUGGCUACGUUCAGUAAUGGCUUUCUGUGUUACAUGUGGGUUGUUGUUGUUUUUAAGCUUGAGCAUAAUUUUAUUAAAGUUUAAAAGAAGAAAAUUCCAGGGCAGGCAAGCUGUAAAUCUCAGCAAAUGGAGGAGGGAGACAAACAGAGGAAGAGAGAAAGCUGUGGCUUUUGUCAACAGCCACAGAGUGGAUGAGGAGCGACAUGGUGGGGAGGAAGGAAAAAAAAAAAAAAGAGUAGAAAAGCCCAAAGUGCCAGAGAUGGGAGGCUUCAGGCUCUGGCUUGGGAAGAAAAGGGGAAAUUUAUGCCUUUGUGAGCCAGGAUUCAGAAUCUCAAGGUGUCACUACAGUGUCUGACACAUUCAUGUAUGAAGAAGCAGACACAGAUGCCUGUACAAUAGAGGUGCAAACCUUGAAUCGAGGCCAGCCUGGUCUACAGAGUGAGCUCCAGGACAGGACGGCAGAGAGAAACCCUGUCUCGGAAACAAAACAAAACAAAAAAACAGUCAACAGCACCCCAAGCAGCACCCUGUUAUCACAGCCUGACCUCUCUUUCUUAGGAAGGAGCCAAGCAUCAAGGAGCACAUACCAUUUUUCUUUUUCUUUUCAUGAUGGUGAUUCUGUUUUUGAGACAGGAUUUCUUUGUGCAGCCCUGGGCUGUCCUGGAACUCAUUCUGUAGACUAGGCUGGCCUUGAACUCACAGAGAUCUUCCUGCCUCUGCCUCCCAAUUGCUGGGAUUAAAAGCAUGUAUCACCACGCCCGGCUGCCUUGCUGGUUUUGGACUUGAGAUCUGCCUGCCUAAAUCUUGGAAACUGGGCUAGGGAGAUAUUUCGAUCAGUGAAGUGCCUACCACCAAAGCACAAGGACCUGAAUUCGGUUAGAACUCAGACGGUGGCACAUGCUUGUCAUGCCAGGGCUGGGGAGGCGGGGACAGGAGAGGGUCAGUGGCCAGCCAGCAUGGCCAAAUGGGUGAACCCUAGGUCUCAGUGAGAGACUCUGUCUCAAACAGAACGACAACCAAAGCAGACGAGGUCAGGGUUUGGUAAAGGUGACAUGAUGGCUCCGUGAGUAAAGGCCCUCGCCACCAAGGCUGGCCACCUGAGUUUGAUCCACUCAGGACCCUGUGCAGGGGAAAAAGAAAACAGAUUCCUGCAAGUACAUCUCUGGUGUCCACUUGUGUGUGCGUCCAUGCAUGUGCAUGCACACACACUAAAUACAUACAUACAUACAUACAUAAGCAAUUUUUUUUCCCAAAACAGGGUUUUUCUGUGGAGCCCUGGCUGUCCUGGACUCUCUUUGUAGACCAGGCUGGCCUCAAACUCACAGAAAUCCACCUGCCUCUGACUCCCUGAGUGCUGGGAUUAAAGGUAUGCGUCACCUCAUCAAGAAUAAGCAUAUUUUUUUAAAAGGUCAUUCAUGAGGAAUGACUCCACAGAUUGACCUCUGGUCUCCACAUACACUCACACUCAAGCACACACACACACACACACACACAAUCCUACAUGCAAAAAUAAAUAAAUAGACAUCUGUGAAAAAAGCCUGCUUUUAAUUCUAUCCUUAGGCAUAAUUUUUUGCUCCUUUGUUGCUUGAUCCUAAUAAAACAGAUUUUGAAAGAAAGUGUGUCUCUUACGAGUGACUCUAGCUUAGAAGACUUUCAGAAAACUUUUAUGAUGUUGCCCUCCAAGGGAAGGAAGGAAGGGUCCAAUACUCAGAAGCCAUGGCAGGCCCAUGGACUGAGGCUCUUGCCACAGAACGACCAGAGCAGACCCAAAGCCAGGGACAUCAGACAGAACCUCAAGUAGAGCCUGGACGCUAGCCACACUUCCCUUUUGAAGCUGUCAGAGUGUGACACAGUCUGUCUUACCAAAAAGCGUUCUUAAUAGAACUGGUGAGGGAGAGGAGGAGGGGGGUAGCUUUGUUGAUGAGUGUUUAUUAUCAGGAACAGGAAAAUAAUAGUUUUAGAGGAAAUAGUCUGUAAGGACAACGUGGAGGAAAUGACAAGUGCCUUUAAUUGACAAUGACAAUGGAAAACAUGUGAGUUCUGGAAUAUCCUCAGAAUCGAUAUUCUUAACCUUUUUUGUUUUAUGACAGGGAGUCACUGUGCAGGCCUGGCUGGUCUGGAACUCUUUAUAUAGACCAGGCUGGCCUCGAACUCACGGAGAUCCUCCUGCCUUUGCCUCUUGAGUGCUGGGAUUAAAGGUGUUUGCUGGGACUGAGAGGCGGUUCAUCGGUUAAAAGCACCUGCUGCUUUUGCAGAGGCUCUUGGUUCAGUUCCCAUCACUCACGUGGUGGCUCCCAACAGCUUAGAACUCUAGUUCUGGGAGAUGCAGCAUCCUCCUCUGGCCUCCACAGGCACUACACGAAUGUGGUCGACCUAAAUGAAGGCAAAACACUAAUACACAUAACAAAUAAAAAUUUUAAAUGUCUGGAAAAGUCUUUGCCACCAUGCCUUACCCUCCAACUAAAGGUUAUGAUGAGGCCUGAUGCAUGCACAGUGCUUGGAGAGACUGGAUUUCCGGCACAUGAGGAGUUAAAGCAGCUAGAAAAGCUUUUGUACCGGGAGCAGGGAGACUGUGUUGCAAGGUCUGGCCUCUCACGCCUUCUGGGCCUUCAGCUCCAGAUCUGGUUCCAGAAUGAUGCAAGACCCCAGUCUCCCCAUGGAUGCACCCAUAGCUGCCGGGCUGCUGGGCUGCCGGGCUGGCUCCGAAGUCUGAAGGGUAUAAGGUAAAAUGGAAAUUUUAGGGCCCUUUUUAAAGGAAGCAUUGAAAAAUCUCAAGAUGGCACCAAGCAUAGUGGAAUAUACGGAAUAUACGUAAGGCCCUUAUAUAUACAUCAUACAUCCAUACAUAUAUAAAGAUAUAUGUGUGUGACAGGGUCUCUCUGUGUAGCCUGGCUGUCCUGGAACUCACCCUGUACCUUUUUUUUGGGGGGAGGGGGAGGAGGCAUUUGAAACAGGGUCUCAUUAUGUAACUACGAUGCCAGGCUCUCAGAACUACACUUUAAAACUAAAAACCUGAGCUUGCUCUCUGCUCUUCCAGAGGACCUAGAUUCACACAUGGCAGCUCACACAGGCACUCGUGCAGGCAAAACACCAGUGCACAUAAAAUAAAAAACAAUAAACAAAUAAACAAACAAACCAAAACCCCCAGAGGCUGGGAUGUAGAGCAGUUGGUAGAAUGCUUGUUCAGUGUGCACAAAACUCUGGAUUAAAUCCCCAGUGUGGCAUAGACUGAAAGUGGAGGUGUGCACACCUGAAGCGCCGGCUCUCAGGAAGCAGAGGCAGGAAGAGCACACGUGCACAGUCAUUCUCAGCUAUGGAGGAAGUUCAAGGUCAGCCUCGUCUGUGUGAGAUCCUGUCUCAAAAAAGAAAGUGGGAAAAAAGAUUCAAGCCAGGCAAAGUGGCACACACCUGUAAUCCCAGCACUCAUGGAGGCAGAGGUAGGCAUAUCUCUGUGAGUUCGAGGCCAGCCUGGUCUACAAAGCAAGUCCCGGACAGCUAAAGCUACACAGAGAAGCCUUGUCUUGAAAAGCAAAACAAAACAAAACAAACAAAAAACUGGGGGCUGGAGAGAUGGCUCAGAGGUUAAGAGCACUGGCUGCUCUUCCAGAGGUCCUGAGUUCAAAUUCCCAGCAACCGCGUGGUGGCUCACAACCAUCUAUAAUAGAACCUGGUGUCUUCUGCUAGCAUUCAGGCAGAACACUGUAUAUGUAAUAAAUACAUAUAAAAAAAAAAGAAAGAAAAAGAAAAACCACAAAAACAAAGAAAGAAAAGUUUCCUUCUUCAGUCCCCCUCAUUGUAUUUAUUAUAUAUAUAUAUGUAUAUGUAUAUAUAUAUGUAUAUGUAUAUGUAUGUACACUAAUAUAUACCACAGAUAUGCAGCUAAUGUCCUCUCUGCCUCUUCUAUCACUACAUCUACUUUAUUAGAGCCCCAGAGCUGUCCUGUCUCCUGAGUGGGAGAUCUUCCACAGUGUCCUCCAGGAAACCUGCCUCCUGUCCCCGGACCCUGCGAGUGUCUCCUGUCCCAGGGGAACAUGAAAUCCCGCUGUGAUGCGGUAGGGGUGGUGUUCUGGGAUUCCCAAGCCAAGCAUUCAAAAGGUCUGUCCGGGACUCCCGGAGGCCGGGGAAGCCCACCUCAGCCCAGCCUACCCGGUGGACAGGACAGGCGGCACAGCCUCACCAAGAUCGGCACA